CAGAUCACAAUAAUUCAUUUGAAGUAAAGCACGUAUUAUUACAUACUGUUCGAUCCUUAGCCGUAAUAUUAUAUGCAAAUAAAUAAAUCAGAAUAUAUAGUGAUCAAACAAUGGUAUUAAAAGUUUGUGAUGUUGUGUUUGUGUUAUGUGUUAUAGUGUCUGACGUUGCGAAUGUGCAACCACGAAGAGUCCACAAAAUAGUUAACAACGAUAUCAAAAAUGACAUUAAGGUUUUUAAAAUCCCUACGAGUUUACAAGACGGAACUAGCAUAACUUUGUUUGGGAAAAUAAAGUUUUCUGAAACGUUACAAGUGGAUUUAAUAUCAAAAACAAUGAGCGAAAAUAUUUGCAGUAUCAUAUUCAGCCCAAAGGAUGGAAAAAUCGUUGCUUUGUCGCAAACUCUUAUCUUACACGACAGUACAUAUAAUAUAAGCCAAAUAACAGUUUCGGAGUUUGUAACAUUUACCAUAAGAUGGAUAGCGACAUCAAGAAUUUCUUCACGUUCUGACAUAAUCUCAAUACUAUUCGAAAGCAACGAGGCGGGUGAAACUUUUAUCGAACAAUGUGAAUUUGAAUCAUUGAGCCACUUGGAGGAAAUCAACGUAAUAGGCUCUGCACACAUUCAAAGACUGAGCUUUGAUUUUAAAGAACAGUAAUGCUCAACAAUUAGUGAUCUUAAAAAGACAAUGAAGUGAUAAAACCUCUAGUCAUAUUUGAACUUUGUUAAGUUGUUAAUAAAAUGUCAUAUUAUAUAACUUUA